CCCCUCUGUCCUGCAACACCCUGCGGCCAUUCACUCUAUGCUGUCUGCUCCCUCCAAACGUUGUACACAUUGUUUGCAUGUUCACUUUGCGCCAUUGUUUCCUGAACGUUGCUCGAACAUCCGCGAAAUCCUCGCCCACUCUCAUUCACCCCCGCUUCCUGCACCACUCCGCGCGAGCAAUGAGCGCAGUGAAUCCCGCAAAGAAAAUGAAGCUCGACGGACCCUUGAUUGGCACGCAUAAUGGUCAUUUCCAUGCCGACGAGGCCCUUGCAGUCUCCAUGCUCCGACUCCUGCCUACCUACGCCUCUUCACCCCUCGUUCGCACCCGCGACCCAGCAGUCCUCGCCAAUUGCCAUACUGUAGUGGAUGUUGGUGCCGAGUAUGACCCAUCCAAGAACCGUUUCGACCACCACCAGCGCGAAUUCACCACCACCUUCCCCGGCCACAACAUCAAACUCUCCUCCGCAGGACUGGUCUACCUUCAUUUCGGCAAAGACAUCAUUCAAGCAGUGACUGGCAUACCACCGGGCGAGGACCUUGACCUCCUCUUCGAGAAGAUCUACAACGAUUUCAUCGAAGCUUUCGAUGCCAACGACAAUGGGGUGAACGUUUUGGCGCCCAAAGAUCUCGAAGCGGCAGGCCUGACCAAGAAGUUCGAAGAUCGUGGAUUCACCAUCGCAAGCAUUGUAAACAGAUACAACUACACACACUCCAGCUCCGAGGCAAAAGGGACAAAAGAGGAACAGCAAGCGCUCGAAGACGCCCGCUUCGCCAAAGCAUCCGCCUUCCUUGGCGAGCAAUUCGUUCUCGAGCUCACCGAUCGCGCGGCCGCCUGGCUCCCCGCCCGCAAAGAAGUCGCCGCUGCUUACGCCGAGCGCCUCCAAUACGAUCCCCAAGGUCGCAUUCUGGUUCUCAAGAAGGGCAUGCCUUGGGCUGAUCACCUCUACACUCUGGAGAAAGAAGCUCACAUCCCAGAAGGCGUCGCACCGCAGGUCCUCUACGUGCUGUUUCCCGAGACCGACGAGGCAGACAGCAAGUGGCGCAUCCGCGCUGUGAGCAAGGAGAAUAGCGGGUUUGAGAACCGCAAGGACCUGCCCGACGCGUGGAAGGGUGUUCGCGACGAGGAGCUCAGCAGGAUAUCUGGGAUUCCAGGGGGGGUGUUCGUCCACGCCGCGGGCUUCAUCGGAGGGAACAAGACUUUUGAGGGAGCGCUGGCGAUGGCGCAGAAGGCAUUGGAGCUGUGAGUGCAUCUAUAUAUGAUUUAAGUGUGUUUAUCAUCCCAUGCAUGAUUGGGCGUUUUGACGGAAGACGAAAGUCUCAAUAUGAUGAUACCUUUAGACUAUGGUUGGCACCAUGAAAAAUAGAUAUUGGGUUUUUCCUUUUUUGGCA